AUACAUCAUACAUUCUAGCAGUCUUGCGAUUAUUUGAUUUAGGACUGCUUGGCAGAGACCCUGUUGCAGCGCCCUAAAACAAAAGCCAGCCCACUCUCCACGCGACACUGGAACCUUAUCCUUACAAAGUCCAAAGGGAUCUCUGUUCUCCACUACCAUUGGAUGCCAUCAACCCACAUCACCUUAAGGCUUAGCCUCUUCUCAGCCCAAUCCCUGUUCUCUCUCAACAUUCAACCACCUCUCACCACCGCAACCGUCGCCACCGUCACCGUCACCGUCACCGUCGCCGCUUGAAGCGAGAAGCAAAUUCCGGCAACAUGACUGCGACCGCGGUGGCCGUGGGCUCUUCUUUCUCCACUGCCAUUAACACGCUCAAAUGCAUCCACUCCAAACAGUUCUGGCAGUCGGAUUCCCUCCUUAGACUUGCAUCAACGCGGGUGCUACAAGCAGCGUCUGUGUCAAGCUCAUACCAGCUGAUUGACCCAGUUGCAAUUACCGCCGCCUCUCACAGAUGGCGCCUCCCAAGGAUCUCCGCAACCAUCGCGCAGGAAGAGGCGGCAGCGGAGGAGGCGGUGGACGCCACAACCGCCGAGGUGGAAGAGGAAAUGGACGAGAAGGCGGAGGAAGCAGGGGAGGUGUCCAGGGAAGGGGAAGCGGAGGCCCCGGCCAACUGUAAGCUUUACUUUGGAAACUUGCCUUAUCACUGCGACAGCGCACAGCUUGCUGGAAUUGUAGAAGAGUAUGGAAGUGCAGAGUUGGUAGAGGUUCUUUAUGAUAGGGACACGGGAAGAAGUAGAGGAUUUGCAUUUGUGACAAUGAGUAGCACAGAAGAUGCUAAUGUAGUCAUUGAAAAACUCAAUGGAAGUGAAUAUGGGGGGCGAACACUGAGAGUGAAUUUUUCAGACAAACCGACACCAAAAGAACCUUUAUAUCCAGAAAGUGAAUUCAAACUCUUUAUUGGGAAUUUAGCAUGGUCGGUCACAUCAGAAAGCUUAGCACAGGUGUUUGCAAAAUAUGGUACUGUGGUUGGAGCAAGGGUUUUAUACAAUGGAGAGACUGGCAAGUCACGUGGUUAUGGUUUUGUUUGUUACUCAACAAAAUCGGAGAUGGACAUUGCCCUUGAAUCCCUUAAUGGAGUGGAACUUGAAGGACGGGCAAUGCGUGUCAGUGUUGCACAAGGGAAAAAAUCAUCUGUCUAGGUAAUAGAAGGAAAACAAGUCAUUUGAUGAGAGUCUCAUUUUUAAAAGAUUGAAGAUUAACAUCAAUGACAUUGAAUCGAUGGAAGGGUAUGUUCCUAACUAGUAUAGAUAUAGUCACUUUGGUAAAGAAGAAUUUCCUUUCAACUCUUCUUGUCUACAUCUCCUUUUUCUCCCUUUUAUAUCAUUCAAGUGUAGCUUUAAUUUUCUUGUAUAAAAUUAGACACUUCCCUGUGUUGGUGGGGAUAAUGAUUUUAUUGAGCUUCCUCUUAAUUUUACUCUUUGAAAGAAAACUUUUCAA